CACAAACCUCCACGAAGAACUUCGCAAACUCAAGCCACACAUCGCGGACCCAGCCAAUUAUCCUACAUUAUCGAUAAGCCCAAAGCGUAACCCACCACCAACCAACCACGAUGUCAUACAACUCGUCCCAAACCUCCUACUUCGAAUCCUCGUCCUCAUACUCCUCGGCUUCCUCCUCGUCGAGCGACCAGAACCAACAGCAACAACCACCAAAAACCCACGAAUCCGGCCACCGCGCGGCCUUCGCCUCGCACACCGACCCGGAGGGCAACACCACCGUCCGCACCGGCCACCAGAAUUUGGGUGAGGAGCCCGUCCUCAAGGAGAAGCGCUUCAGUACCUCGGGCCGGGAGCGCGAGAUGAUGUUGGCGGCUGGCACCCCCAUGGGCGGGGUCAACCGCAUCCAGGAUCUGAAUGAGUCGACGGGAGAUACCUACUAGUUUCCCGGUGUCUUCCUCUUCCUCAGUGGGGUGGUGAAUGUGUUUUUCGGGGGUGGUUUGUAUCCGUGAGGUGGUAAUUUUUUUUGCUGGAUAUGAGACACGUUCCCUGCUGCACUGAUUUGAGUGAACUUGAUGCUAAGUUUAUUGAUGAAUAUAUGAUAUGAAUUUAUGGCUGGGAUUUUUCUUUUGGUGUGGUGCGGGUGUUGUUGGUAUAUCAUCUCUGGGUUUUCUUUGUCUGUGCUAUGUGGUUGGAUGGAUGGCUAGAUAGGGCUUUUUCUCUCGGGAUAAUAUCGAUUAUGAUUAUUGGGAGAGUUAUGAGACGAUACUGGUUUUUCUUUGUAGUGAUUUGAUUCAUCUGGAGUAGGUCUUAUCUUGUAAG